CAGACCUCCUCAUAGAUUUUUCUUGAAUCAUGAGAGAUGAAAUUGCAACAACAGUUUUCUUUGUCACAAGAUUGGUGAAAAAACAUGGUAAAUUGAGUAAACAGCAAAUAGAAAACUUUGCAGAAAAGCUGAUGACUAUCUUGUUUGAAACAUACAGAAGUCACUGGCACUCUGAUUGCCCUUCUAAAGGGCAAGCCUUCAGGUGUAUCAGGAUAAACCAUAAUCAGAAUAAAGAUCCCAUUCUGCAAAGGGCUUGUGCUGAAAGUAAUGUGGAUUUUUCCCACCUGGGACUUCCAAAGGAGAUGACCAUAUGGGUAGAUCCCUUUGAGGUUUGCUGUAGGUAUGGUGAGAAAAAUCAUCCAUUUACAGUUGCCUCUUUCAAAGGCAGGUGGGAAGAAUGGGAACUCUCCCAACAAAUCAGUUAUGCUGUUAAUAGAGCCACACUGGACUACUCCUUCGGCACUUCCUCCGAUGAAGAAAGUUGUAACAAAGAACCUCAGAUUAUUCCUAAAGUUAGCAAUCCAAAGAGUAUUUAUCAGGUUGAAAACUUGAAACAACCCUUUCAAUCUUGGUUCCAAAUCCCCUGCAAAAAGACAAUGGUGGAUGGCCGUAUGGGCCUCCUAGCAAAUGCUUAUCAUGUGUUGCAUAAGAAUCCUAAGGGUCAGAGGCCUGCUGCUGUGCACCGGGUGGACAGGUACCACUGGGUCAACACAAACCGAUAAUGCAGCGGCUGGACACUUGGUGGGAAAGAGCUCAGAGGAGCCACUUUAUUUUCUCUAAAAACUACUCUAAGGUUGAGAGGCCCAGAAAAAAUAACCACAUUAGGGACCAGGGUGCAUGGUGGUGAAUCCUCUCACACAGAUCAUGACUAUGUUCUUAGCUGUACUUUUAAUUCUUAUUUAAUUUUAUAUGAACUUUUAUGUAAUACUAAUGAGUGUACCCAAUAAGGUGAUAGAAUGAAGAUAUUGACCUGUGAUAAGAUUCAAUGAAUUAUGAAAAGUAACAGUUUAAAUAAAUGUGUUGUGUUUUUAAUA